GAGGGUGGGCGGGGCGUGCACGCCUCUUCCGCCCUGGGCCCGGAAGGGUGAUGUGGCUGGGGCACCGCUGGCCUCACUAUGUCUGCCAUUUUCAAUUUUCAGAGUCUGUUGACUGUAAUCUUGCUGCUUAUAUGUACCUGUGCUUAUAUCCGAUCCUUGGCACCCAGCCUCCUGGACAGAAAUAAAACUGGACUGUUGGGUAUAUUUUGGAAGUGUGCCAGAAUUGGUGAACGGAAAAGUCCUUAUGUUGCUGCGUGCUGCAUGGUGAUGGCCUUCAGCAUCCUCUUCAUGCAGUAGCUGGGAAAAGUGCCAGAAUUUAAGUGCCGUGAGAUUUCAAUGUGAACAAGGACUCACCUGCAGAAAAGAAUGGACGGAACAGUUAAUCCUUUUUGCCCAGACAUGGAAGGAGAUAAAUCCCCAGAUGCUGGUCUCUAUUUCUGUGUUAUUGGACCAAAGUUCUAUAUAAACAAUGAAGAUGUCACCAUUUAAUACUCGGAGUUCAGUGAUCUGUAAGGAUCAACCUCCAUACUGUCACUACAGAAUUACAUUCUGCACACGUCAUUCUUUGUUUCAGACACCAGUUGUAAACGAGGUAUCUUUAAGACACAGUAGAAAAGAAAAUGGCAAAUUACUCACAUUCCUGUCACUAAGAUUUGUAAGUGAUAAAUCUUUUUUAGAAUAAGACCUACUUUGGACUGUAUUUGUUAUUGAGGAAAAAUGGUUCAAUUUGUGUUGUUAAGGAUUGCAUUUAUAUUUAAUAAUGCUUGCUUUUCCUCUGGACACACCAUUUUGAUCAUUAACCAGCGUACCUCUACUCUUAGUUAUUUCUAAAGUUUAUUACAGGUGUUUAAAAAUACUUAAAAUAGCCCAUUUAAUUCUUAAAGUAAGAAGAUAAUUGUCAAAUGUAGACGAUAAAAGUCAUAUGUAGGUGAAUGUUAUAAGUCUAAGUUUUACCAGCUAGAUGUUUGUUUUGUGAAAAAGAACAUUCUCAGAAUGAAAAGAGUAAAGUAGAAUAAUUAUAGAAUUAUAGUCUGAGAAGUCUUUUUUUUUUUAGUGUCUUCAGAAAUGAAAUAUCUAUUUCAGUUGCUCCCCAAAAAAAUGGUAUUUUUGUUUUCUUUUUUAAUAGAGCACUUUAAAUCUAGUUUAUGUGUUUUCUGUCAACUUGAACUGGAAUCUCUUGUGUAACUUAGUACGUGAUAAACAGUUUUCAAGUCUGCUUAUUCAUAUAUAUAGCGCAAGUGUCACUGAGCUUUGAUAGUAAAAGAACAGCUUCAGCAACUUUUAGUCUACCAGAGGAAUAUUGGGAAUGUGACUUAUAAAUUUUAUAAUAGGGCAAUUACAAGUUUGUGGUUAACAUUUCUUAAAGUGCAACUGAAAUUCAGUUAAAAUUUCAAAGCUAAGAGGAAUUUAAAUCUUAGCCAAAAAUUACCUGUAGAAACAAAGUAUGGGACUGAAAGCCACCCAUUUUUAAGUAGCACUUGAAGUCACUUGGAAUUAAUUCUGGGAAACAAAACCCUAUUAUGUGUUGCUCCUUUGUUUUGGGGGGGGCCAGGGAUUGUUUAUAUUUUUGUUUUCUGCAAAAGAGCUGUUGUAGGCUGAAAUGUAUUUAUUUUAUAUGUUGGCAUGUUUCUGCCUUGUAAAAAGUGGUAUGUUUUCUUUAGACAGGGAAUCAGGUUAUGAUAAUUGUUCCUACUCUGAACUGUCUCUUGGGUUUUACAUUAGGUCAAGGAUUUUCAGAAUAUCCCAAAUAUAGGACUCUUGUCUGCAUAUCCAUGCUGAGUAAGUCACCUUUCUGGGUCUAAUUUCUAGGUGGCCAUCUGUUGUCCAGCACUGCUGCCAACUGGAUUUUCUAAAAGCUAUGUCAACUAAUUUUUGUAUAUGCUAAUGUAAAUCUAAUAUGGAAAGGGGAAGAAUAUUCUAGAUAAUCAAUGCUAAGACAUUUGGUAAUUUGGCAUUUCAGAGGAGACAGAAGCAAAGUAGAUAGGAAGUAACUUCUUUAGGACACUUGUGGUAAUACAGAAAACUUUUUGCUGUGUAUAGAUGCCAACUGAGUGGGAGGCAGAUGACCUCUAACCCCAUCCAUUCUGACCCUUUGAAACACAAGCUCCUUGGGAGAUGGAGGAAAGGCACAGUAUCCUACAUAGAAAAGCAAUUAGCAUUUUCUUCAAUGUAUUUUUUCCAAAGAAUUCCACUGACCUCUGUUCCCUAAUCCAAAAGAUGGUUAAGGUGGUUAUAAACCCACAGAAUGUUCACAUAGUCCUCCAGUGGUCUUGGCUGGGUGGUGAGAUGCAGAAGAGGGUUAAAGAUGGACUGAAGCAUCAGAUGAACUGUUCUGUCAUGCAGGGUUGCAGGGCUAAUGCGAUCCCAGCUUGCCAUGAUCAAUUGCUCUGCCUUGCCUAGCUUCAGAAUCUUGAUUCCAUCUCUCCUGGAAUGUUUGUGGUGCUAAUAUUCAAUACCUCAUUGGCUUCAUCUGUGCUAGUGGCACAUCUUCCAGGCAGUCUUAAAAUAUGGUCAGUGAAAAGGCCACAUAGUCUGUUGAAUUCUCUCUGUGGCUUAAAAAAGUUGAGGGUCUAGUCCAAUGUCUUAUGAGGCCUUGUACUGAGCCAGGCAUUAUCCUAAAUGCUCUUACAUGUUCAAAAUCAAAAUAGCUCUUACACAAUAGGGAUAAUAGUAUCUGUAAUUUGAAAUAGACUCUAUCAUCAAAGAAGACGAUCAGGCUAGUUUUAUCUUGGGUGGAAAGAGAGGUUUUCCAAGUUUAAAGAAUCAAAAGUGAACAGAAAUUCACCUAAUUUGUGGAAAAUAAAAUUGUAAAUGGAAUGUAUCCCUCCUUUCACCAUUUCAGGAAAUAAUGGAGUGCAUGCAGUAUAUUAUUGAAGAUAGAAAGAUAGGCACACAGUUUCUUCCCUAUACUAGUUCAUAAUGUAGGAGAUGAGAGAAAUGAAGUUAUAUAUGUGAUAAAUGAUCCUCAAGAUUCUAGAAGAAAAACAGAAGGGUAUCAAUUCAAUCAGGGUGUUCCUCCGUAGGAGGAAUGCUAAAGCUGAACUUGAGAAACAUUGUGCAGAAGCACAGUGGUAUUGUUAAAGUCUGUAAAUACCUAGCUUGUGCCACCUGGAAAUAUUAACGCAUAAACCUAGAAAGGUGGACAGAGAUCAGAUCCUAAAUGGUCUUGUAUUGUUCUCAUUCCUGUUACUACCUCAAAAUUGAAGUUGACUGUAUUCCCACCUGCCUAACACAAAAGUGCUUAGGGACAAAAAGCAAAAAUACUUCCUUGGUGUAUGUGUAAACAGGUUUGAAUAUCACCCUUCCCACUCUGUUUUGGACUAGGGAUCUAAGGGUAUACUCUCCAGAGCUAUGUAAGGUACAGAAAAAUAACUAGUCAGGUCAGUAUUUUUAGGAACCGUUAGCAGCUCAUAAUCCACUGAUACCUGAAGCAGCCAUGAUUGUUAAAGCACAUACCAGCACAAGAAACAGAUGUAACUUCAUUGUCUACAUUUUUGGUUUGUCUAGGUGCAAACCAAAAAAAAAAAUUUUCCAAUAAGCUUCAUUUUCAAAGCCUUGGACAAGUUACUACAUCAUCGGAAGCUGAAAACACUGGAAGAUUCUUGGGGACCACUCUGUACUUUCUUUGGUCAAUAGAUAGUAGAUGUUCAGAACAUGUACCUAAAAGCCAUGUGAACACCUUCUUAUUCUCAAUACAAAAUCACUACUCACUUCUGAAAAAUGACUUCAUAAUUAUGUUAUUUAUAUACUGCCUUGCCGUAAACUAAUCCCAAAGUAAUAAUCUGAAAUGUUUUGCCAACAUCAUGCAGAAGAGGGAUUUGGAAAUACAUUUCCUGUGAUUCUAGAGUACAGACAAUCCCGAUUUCUCAUUAGUUCAUAUGUCUAGUGUGUAAUAAAAAAAUGAACUCUCAA